GGGCGGGGCGAGCGGACGCCAUCGCCGCGCUACCGGCCGGCGGCGUGCUGGCCAGCGCCGAGCGCAGCGGCGUCCCCGCCUAGUCCCCGCGGCGGCGCGCAGCCGGCCUGGGCGGCGGCGGCUCGGAGAUGCGGAGGCGGCGGCUCGCGGAGACGAUGCUCGGGCGCUGAGGAGACGCGGCCAGCCGAGCGCCGGCCGCGCAGCGACGUGGGCCGCAUGGCGCAGCCCUCCAGCCCGGGCGGCGAGACGCCGCAGCUCGGCGCGACGGGGGACUCCCGGGACGCGCUGAGCCUGGAGGAGAUCCUGCGUCUCUACAACCAGCCCAUCAACGAGGAGCAGGCGUGGGCCGUGUGCUUUCAGUGCUGCGGCUCCCUGCGCGCCGCCGCCGCCCGCCGCCAGCCCCACCGCCGCGUGCGCUCGGCCGCGCAGAUCCGCGUCUGGAGGGACGGGGCCGUCACCCUGGCGCCCGGCGCCGGCGAAGAAGGAGAGCCGCCUCCCGCCUCCGGUAAAUUGGGAUAUUCACAUUGUACAGAAACAGAGGUUAUUGAAUCCCUGGGAAUUAUUAUUUAUAAAGCAUUGGACUAUGGCUUGAAGGAAAAUGAAGAGAGGGAGCUGAGCCCUCCUCUAGAGCAGCUCAUCGACCAAAUGGCCAACACUGUGGAGGCUGAUGGUAACCACGAUGAGGGAUAUGAGGCUGCAGAUGAAGGCCCUGAGGAUGAAGAUGGAGAAAAGAGAAACAUCUCAGCUAUUCGGUCCUAUCAAGAUGUCAUGAAGAUAUGUGCCGCUCAUCUCCCAGCUGAGUCGGAGGCACCAAAUCAUUAUCAGGCAGUAUGUCGAGCACUGUUUGCAGAAACCAUGGAACUGCAUACAUUUCUGACCAAAAUUAAGAGUGCGAAGGAGAAUCUUAAGAAGAUUCAAGAAAUGGAAAAGACUGAUGAAUCUAGCACAGAUCUGGAGGACCUGAAAAAUGCAGACUGGGCACGAUUCUGGGUACAGGUGAUGCGGGAUUUGCGAAAUGGGGUCAAACUUAAGAAGGUCCAACAGCGGCAGUACAACCCGUUGCCCAUUGAAUACCAGCUUACCCCUUAUGAGAUGCUCAUGGAUGACAUUCGGAGCAAAAGAUACACCUUGAGGAAAGUAAUGGUCAAUGGUGACAUUCCCCCUCGGUUAAGAAAGAGUGCUCAUGAGAUCAUCCUUGACUUCAUCAGAUCAAGACCUCCUUUAAAUCCAGCAUCAGCCAGGAAAUUGAAACCAACCCCACCCCGACCACGAAGCCUCCAUGAAAGAAUAUUAGAAGAAAUUAAAUCAGAAAGAAAGCUGCGACCUGUGUCACCAGAAGAAAUUAGGCGGAGCAGACUAGCAAUGCGGCCACUUAGCAUGUCUCACAGUUUUGACUUGUCAGAUGUCACUACCCCAGAAUCUCCAAAGAAUGUUGGGGAAUCAUCAUUGGCGAAUGGAAGCUUAACAUCUCAAACAAAGGAAAAUGGGCUGAGCGCUGCCCAGCCCGGGCCUGCGCAGCGGAAGAAACUGCUCAAAGCUCCAACCCUGGCUGAGCUAGACAGCUCUGACUCUGAGGAGGAAACUCUGCACAAGUCAACCAGCAGCAGCAGUGCAUCUCCCUCCCUCUAUGAGGACCCAGUAUUGGAGGCCAUGUGCGCAAGAAAGAAGCCUCCAAAAUUCUUGCCUAUCUCGUCAACACCCCAGCCAGAGAGACGGCAACCACCCCAGAGGCGCCAUUCCAUUGAAAAGGAAACACCUACCAACGUGAGGCAGUUUCUGCCACCAUCCAGGCAGAGCUCGCGCUCUCUUGAGGAAUUCUGCUACCCAGUGGAGUGCCUCGCUCUCACCGUGGAGGAAGUGAUGCACAUCCGUCAGGUCCUGGUGAAAGCUGAGCUGGAAAAGUACCAACAGUAUAAAGAUGUCUACACUGCCCUGAAAAAAGGAAAGCUCUGCUUCUGUUGCCGAACCCGGAGGUUUUCCUUCUUCACGUGGUCUUACACCUGUCAGUUCUGUAAGAGGCCCGUGUGCUCACAGUGUUGCAAAAAGAUGCGGCUGCCCUCCAAGCCAUAUUCCACUCUACCUAUCUUCUCAUUGGGACCUUCUGCCUUGCAAAGGGGGGAAAGUUGUACGAGGUCGGAAAAACCCUCCACUGGUCACCAUAGGCCACUUCGGAGUAUAGCCAGGUUUUCCUCAAAAUCAAGGUCGGUGGACAAAUCAGAUGAAGAACUCCAGUUUCCCAAAGAAUUGAUGGAGGAUUGGAGUACAAUGGAGGUGUGUGUAGACUGCAAAAAGUUCAUCUCCGAAAUCAUCAGCUCAAGCCGGCGUAGCCUGGUGUUGGCCAACAAAAGAGCCCGGUUGAAAAGGAAGACACAGUCUUUCUACAUGUCCUCAGCGGGCCCCUCGGAGUACUGCCCCUCCGAAAGGACUAUCAAUGAGAUCUGAGCCCUGUGCCUUCCCCUUGCGUUUGUGUCCAGGGCAGCCUCGGCGCAGCCAUGCUGCAGGACUCUUCCCAGGGGUUUUCCUUAGCAGGCUCCAUCCGCAACAGGUCAGGCUGUGCUGCACCUUGUGGCACCGACACAAGGCUGUGUUCAUAUGGGUUGAUGGUACGAGGCAGGUCAGCCAGUUGUUCUUUUGCACUCAGAAAGCCUAAAACUUGAUUGUGUGUGUGAAUAGGGAAGCCAAACACUUCCUUAGUUCCGCUCCUCGAUGUUCUUCAGAUAAUUUCCUGACUAAGGCAAAAAGCUUCUUGUGUGUGAAGUCGGUCUGACAGAGUGUUGAUGUUAGCACAGUUCUAAGCAGUAAGUCAUAUUGGCAUUCAACUUGACAGUGUUCCUAUCCAUGUACAUAAUGGUCCAAAGCCCUGCCACACUCCGGCUCCCUGGGGUGGGCCAGGGUGGCUGUUCUCUCACAGCACAAACCUAGAAGGCCUUGCUCAUACUCUCCUCCUUUGGGGCUCUGGCUGCAUCCAGCGCAGAACAUCCAAGUGAGCCAUACAAGUGGCCACUUCUGUGAGUUGCUGGGUCUGCCCAGCUAUCAUGCCUCAGUGUCUCCCGAGCUGCUAACAGGCCUCCAUUCCCUGUUGUGAAUGUGUUAGGUUCUGAAUAGUUUUAUAAUACACAUUUAAGAAUUAAAAUUUUGUGGAUGUUUGAGGAAAAAAGAAGACUAAAAUUUUGUCAAGCAGCUUAGUGUGUUGGUGAACUGUGACAGGCGUGGCUGCAGAGGGUGCCACAGAAAGGAGCCGCAGCUCAGACGGUUUCAGCAACAUUUUCCAUAACUUCAUAGCGUGGCCAUCAUGACUCAAUUAACCACAGUUUGGUACCUGAGACUCAAACUGAAGAUUAUUUUUAUAAAUGAAUUUUAAAAGAAAAAUCCUGACUCUUUUAAACUUCAAGAAAAUGAACCUGCUGCCAUGCAUAAUUUUUGGAUGCUUUUGCACUAGUUGUCUUGUGAAUGCUCCUGAGCGUCUGAGCAAGGGCCGUUGGCAGGUAGUGUCAGUUCCUGUGACUCAAGCCAUUGUCUGUCCCUCGUUCCCAUAUGCUUAGAAAUAGCCAGGCAAUCAGAUUGCCACUAACGUUUGGAAAAUCAGUUAAGGCACAUGCACAGUCAUUCCUGAAAAUCAGUUAAGGCACAUGCACAGUAAUUCCUAAAAGCUAUUAAAAACGCUCUCAUGGUCACCAAACCGAUGGCAGCUCCAUUUAAUAAAGGGCAUGACAAUUGCAUUUCAUACCAACAUCAAGGUAAAAUAACAUUUCUACAUUAAAUUGACAGCGACACCUCAGAAAUGCUCCCGUAGUCAUUUCUAAUGCAUUGAAAUUUAUAGUUUAGUAAAUGGCUUUAAAUUACUUAAAACAAAAUAAACUUUACCAGUUGUCUAAAGUCAUGCAUGUUAGUAGUUCCUCUGUACUGCAUGUAGAAGUGGGCCACCAGAAGACCCUCACCAACUGCAUUCCAGCUGUUUUAAGACUAUUGUUUAAGAGCUAUAAAACUUGCAUUGUGUGAAUCCCAGUUAUAUAGUUUUCCCUGAGACCACUUGAACUUUACACGCUCUGGCCCCAGGCAUAAAUUCUUU